UCACCUAUUCUAAAACGCUAUAGAGCGUAUAUUCUAAAAUUUAGAACAGCGCUCGAUAGCGUCACUGAGUUGCAACCUGAGCAACCCACAACGGGCAUUUGCCCGCGAAGACAACAUCAACAUGGCGCCCAAGCGAACUCGAAGUGGUAGUGUGAAUAAACCAAAACGUUUUAAACCCGUUAAACUGCGCGUGCUUUCAGUUUCCACAAGUGGAAGCAAACGUGCCGGUAGCAUCUUUCUGAAAACAUCAUCAGACAAUGUUUCAAGUGCUCAUGGUGAUGAGAUAUCUACCAGCAAUUUGCCCUCGCUCUCGAUGGAUACCGAUCAUGAUGAUCAUGGCGAUGAUCGUGAUGAUAAUGGCGAUAUUCUUGGUGACCGUAGUACUUCUGACUUAUCACAACAUCAGUCAAGACGAUUACGGCAAUACAGACAAUGGGAAGAAGUCAGGGAGAAGCUUGUUAAAUCUCGCUACGAACGAAAUGCUUUCACAGCCAACGAUGUACAGUGCUGUGAUUGCACAGCAUUCGCCGAAACUCGUUGCCUCGACUGUGGUCACGAUAUUUAUUAUUGCAGAAACUGUGCAAUUAACAGUCACAACACAAGGAAUCACUUCCAUGUUUUAGAAAUAUUUAAGGAUGGCUGUUUUCUACCAUUCUUUGUUGACCAGAAACCAUUGAGCUUAUGGCAUCAAAGGAAUUGUCCUACAUCUUGUGCCAGAAUUGUUGCAUGCAUUGAUCAACACGGGCGACAGCAUCAGAAGCAAAUCCUUUUUUGUGAAUGUGAAAGUGAUGUCGUGACCCUAUGGAAGAUGCAUUUAUGGCCUAACUCUGCAAAACGCCCUAUUGUAGCUUAUCACAUAAAGCUGAUGGAGUUGGCAGAAGCACUUGUUUUGGAAUGUCAAGUUUCUCUGCAAAAGUUCUGUGACAUGUUGACUGUCCUCAAUAAAUCAACUCUUUUCCCAAAAUGGGUGAAAAAUGUUUACUCUGGUCUCAACAGCGAUUCCUUUGAUGAAUUUAGAUAUCACCAGUAUAUGAUGAGAGAUGGUUCACCAUAUUGGCAAAAAACCCCAGAAAUUUCUAGAAGUAUCUGCCCUCUUUGUCCUAAGGAUGGUAAAUCAGGAAGCAUUGUGGAGUGUAUGGAUGGCUGUUUUGGGCUUGUGCGGAAGAAAUCUGCAGGCACUGAUAUUUACCCAUCCAGACACAAAACAACCAUGUUUGCUGAUCAAAAUGAUGUUGACAAUUUUGUUCAAAGUUACACAGCAAAUGCCAAAGAAUCAAAUGUUGAAUGCAAUGAAUUUAAAGCUGGAGAAGUAACUGACAUGCUCAGGUCAAAAGGGAGAAACAAACUCUAUGAUGAAAAGGGUGUUUUUGGACGUGUUUGCAGACACGAUUUCCCAAAAGGCUUCCUCAACAUUAAACAUGGAGAAAGGAUAGCUUAUUCCGUGUACGAACUACAGCGUCUAUUAGACAAUUAUGAUGGGACAAGUGUUGAUGUAAAGAUUACAUGA